UGACUUCACUUCACAAAACUCACUGAAGCUGUGUCCAUCGGACAGAUAGCCGCCGGCGACGCCGCACAUCGCGCCGCCAUGCUCCGCCUCCGGAGCUGCAUCGCUGCUGCUUCCCUGUCGUCUCCCUCCGCCUCGCACGUCUCCCCUCUCCACCGACUCCUCUCCGCGGCCGCCAACGCUACGGCCCCUCGCAUCUCCCCAAACCCUAGCUUCGCCGUGGAGGACUACCUCGUCCGAACCUGCGGCCUCACCCGAGCCCAGGCCCUCAAGGCCUCCACCAAGCUCUCCCACCUCAAGUCCCCCUCCAAGCCCGACGCCGUCCUGGCCUUCCUCGCCGGCCUCGGCCUCUCCACCGCCGACGUUGCCGCCGUCGUCAGUAAGGACCCCAAGUUGCUCUGUGCCGGCGUGGAGGAGACCCUGGCCCCCGUCGUCGACGGGCUCACCGGCCUCGGCCUGUCGCAUUCUGAGAUCGCCCGCCUCGUCUCGCUAGCGCGUCAGAAAUUCCGCCAAAAAUCCUCCAUCUCCAAGCUGCAGUACUACCUGCACCUCUUCCGCUCCUCCGAGAACCUCCUCCGGGCCAUGAAGUUCUGCGAUCUCCUCUCACACAGCCUUAAGAGGGUGGUCAAGCCCAACGUCGCGUUCCUGCGUGAGUGCGGGUUAGGUGAUUAUGACAUUGCCAAGUUGUGCGUCUCAAGGCCGAGGAUGAUCACCACCAGACCGGAGCACAUCCAGGCCAUGGUGGCAUGCGCCGAAAACAUAGGUGUGCCCCGUUACUCUGGGAUGUUCAGGCACGCGCUGCAUGCUGUUGCAUCUUUCAAUGAGGAGGAGGUCUCAACCAGAGUGGACUACUUGAAGAGCACGUUCAUGUGGACGGAUGCUGAGGUGGGUAUUGCCGUGUCUAAAGCCCCGAAUCUCCUGAUGAAGUCAAAGGUCAUGAUGCAGCGCAGGUCUGAGUUCUUCAUCUCUGAGGUGGGGUUGGAGCCAGCGUACAUUGCUCAUCGGCCAAUAAUGCUCACUUACAGCCUGGAGGGCCGGGUCAGGCCACGGUACUACGCUGUAAAGUUUCUCACAGAAAAUGGAUUGCUAGAUUACGCCUGCGACUUCUAUAAUACAGUCAUGGUCAGCGAGAAGGUAUUUAUGAAGAAGUUCAUAUGCCCUCACAAGCAAGCUGCGCCAAACCUCGCUGAAGACUAUGCAACUGCUUGCAGAGGGGAGGUGCCUGCCAGAUUCAGUUUUACAUGAACCAAGACUGGUAUGAAAAUGGGUAUGUUAAUUAUGUCACUCGUUAGAGAAGAAAACAUCGCACUGCUAUGAACUUGUCCUUCCUCAUGUCAUAUUGACACACAUAUUGGAACUAUGGGAGUGUAAUAUCAGGGCAUCCUGCAAAAAAGAAGAAGAAAAAUACACAAGGGAUUCAGUGAACAGAUGCCAAUUGCAGUUCAGGUACUAUAGUCUCCAUCCCGUGACAGCUUUGAGGCAACCUAAGCUGGCACUUUUAAGAUUUUUGAAAUGGGGGCUGAAAUUUGAACCAACCAUCUGUCUUAAACCAGUGAUUACCAUAUGCCUUCAACAAAUUUGUUCUUAUA